AUGGGACAUAUCUUUAACUUUGAGGCGGUCGAGAUUGUGGGCCAGGGCGAUGAUUAUACGACAAGUCAGGUACACGAAGCCUGGAUAUCCACCGACUGUUCAGCCAACCGCCACAUCAAUUUGCCUCCCCACUAUCUGGUUUUAAGGACAUUCUUGACGGGGGACAGUCACGGCGCUGGACAAUCAGGGUCGUCGACUAUCGCCGCGUCCAACGAGGACGGGCGGGAUCCAGGUCAUGGUGACAUGUAGGUCGGAUGCAGACACACAGGCGGCAGUGGCGGGCCAGGCAACGAACAAAGUGCGUCAUAUAAGAGAAACUGUGUGCAUGACUUCCCAGUCUCUGAAGAUGGGUAACCGAAACGACUACUCGAAACGUCAGACCUCCAGUAAACUCGUCAGUUGCUAGCCUUACCGGCCAGAAAUAAGGAAAUUUUGAAUUUUGAAUUGUCAGUGAAUCAUUUAUUUGUAAUUCUAGACGUCGGCAGUUCGGACCUGCCAGAAAGCGAAAGUUUUAUGAUUCUGUAUUGUUUUGCUCAGUAGUCCAAAACAUAAAAAACCAUCGUUGCCUAAUCUAGACUGUAUCCAUAAUGAAAUACCUGUAGUAAAAAAAACUAUUUUGUUGCACGGUUAAUGGGCAUGUGUUUGAUAUGUGAACCGGCAAUGGGACCAAGCCUAUGAGGCUUCUGCGUUGAACGCAGUGUUUCUUCUGCUGAAUCUUGCUUGAAACAAACGUUAUCAUCACAGUUUGGCUGACUUUAAUAGAUGAAGAGCGUGUAUUUUUCCAUUGCAUCACCCAGAACAACCUUUAAGACCUUCCAAUAAACCAAUCCGUUGAAACUUGUCGACGUCUUUACAAAUCUUACUUUAGUAUACUUUAUGGCGUUAAAGAAGGGGCGUGGGUGUGAUGAUAAAGUAUCUUUGUUUCAUAUGGAGUCCAGUCUAAAAAUGCUCAUUUCUUGCAAUGUUUGCUGUUGUCAAGCCUUUAUAAUGGACCUUUUGAUGAAAGUCCGGCCCGCAAGUUAACUUUGAGAGUAAUUAUUUGGUGGCUUUCGUGAUCGGUGGGUCACAAUAUCUUUAUCGAACUCUGUAAUGACUGUUUAUCCGUCAGAAUCAGCCCGGCUUAUUUCGCAGUUAAUUCUUGCUUAAAGCAGUUUCGCUCUAUUCAUAAUUUUUGGAGACAGGCUGGGAAGCAACCUCCACUCUCCCGAGUUUUCGGUUUCCCGUGAUGCCCGUUCUCCGGAGAAAAGAACAAAUGGCACUGAAUGAUUCAUGAUGAGGAGUACUUCACUGGGUCAUUCAGUCUCUCCCAACGGCAGAGAAUUCGCGAGACCAACAUAUAUUUACCUACGUUACUUGAUCGGAUGCUCUGAUAAACGAGGGUAUUUUUCUUGCCUAAGUGUGUCCCAUCGCAGUCAACCUAAUAAAUUUGGGAAAACUAGACAAUACAAAUCAGAACGCACGCUACCAUCGAUAAAUAGUUUGCGUGAAGCCAUACUAAUGGCGCAGUUAGCCAUGCAAAUGCUGACUACCCUGCAUAGUAAUUGCAUUGUUUCGGAAAUUCACUGUGGUAAGUGCGGAACGAAAGACGUGGGCGCAUGUUAGAGUCCAAAUUCUGUUGUCGGCAAUAAAAUAUGCCGCUUCUCAUCAGCCGUUUCAUUUUGGCCUUUUAAGUUUUCUGUAACCUUUCCAAGAUUAUUAAAAUCCAGUAUUUGUAAAGACAUCGAUUUAUUUGUCAACGGAUUAAGUUAUCUUAAAAAUGCGUUAUUGAGACAUACUAAACAAUCUAUCAGCGCUCGACAUCAAUGUUGUCAAAAAUAUUGCGUUUAUUGAUUGUCCUCUGCAAAAAACAUCCGAUGCAAAGUUACAUUUCUUUCCUUUUACUAAAAUAAACUUUAACAGUCAUAAUAAAUGUUUUGCCGCCAUCUGAAAUAUGUGGUAAAGCCUAUCGAUUUUACCAUAGAUAAAACUAUUUACUUUUGGCAUAAAGGAUAAGACAUAGAAAGUGAAUACUUAUAAAUCUAACUCAAGACGUCGCAGUCCCGUCAGGACUGUGUUCUGUUCGCCAAAGAAAUAAAUGCCGGAUCUUCAGUAGACGUUUCAGUUGCAUGAGUAGGCUGAAUGAUGACAUUGUCUGUGGGAGAUGAGAAUGUGCCCGUCGCGAGACAGUACAAAAGUUACAAUUUCACCGCGUGAUAAUUGUACAAGCAAUAUUUAUGCGACAUUUUUUAUACUUUCUGUGAAUGUUACGUUUGAUUUUUGCGUCGCUACUGAUGUAUAGAAAAGGGAAUAUGUCUAAGAACAACUAUUGAGUCAAAAGGUUUUUAAUGCCCAAAAGUUAUCUGGUGUUUUAACCCUAAAUUACAUUCCUUCCCGACCAAAAUCAUCUUAUCAUGUGUACAUAGGAUCAUGUUGGCAGUUGUCGUUUUACAUGCUAAAAAGAAAAACGAAAUACUAAGGUGUGGACAGAGUGUCUGUGAAAUUAGGUCAUGCCUGAACUACUUACAUGCAUUUAUUUGGGUGACUUGAAAGGAUAGCCUAAUUCACAUAGUGAAUUCUCUGAUUGGAAGAUUUAGCUCAAACCGGGGGUGUGCUGAGAAUGUUCCUGUUUACAAUAAUAAUUCGAUUACUAUCUCAGUUUGACAGGUGUAUUCCCAUUUGCGUACAAAUCAGGCUGAAAUGACACUUCCUAUGCUACGGUCACACUACGCAUUGGCUGCACGACAGAAACUACUUUUUCUCUAAAAUAAAUAUUUUUAGAAUCAACUUGAUUGCUUGAAAUUGGUCGAUUUUUUGAGUUACACAAACUAACAAUAUUCCAUUUUGAAAGAAUAGAGUUGUUUCUAUUUUCGAUACUUUAGCCCAUUUAAAAAUAUAGGAUUAAAGUUUCUGAGUAAAUAAGGAAACAGAGAAAAUUAUAAUUUAUUCUCUUUUAUACUGCUAACUCCCACUGCUAGUGAAUGAUGAUCGAAUAUUUCUGAGACUGGGGCCAGAUACGCAAGUUUGUAAUUUGUGUAGGAUAAGAUUUCUACUGUUUUUAUAUUCAAAGUAAAAUUUUUCACACUUUUCAAGUUAUAGAACAAUGCAAGGCUUUACAUUCAUGUCCAAUCCACGUGAACCAAGAUCAACGUCCUAAAGCUGGACCGUCCGAAUUAUGGUCUCUACCAACUAUACGUUUCACAAAUCGACAUAAAUAAGAGGUUUACAGUCGUUUAGUUUUGUUGAAAAACCGCCCGAACGUCUGGUUUUUGCUUCGAAGCCACGCAUCUUCUCUUGCCAUUGGAUGUAACUGGGGACCUGGAAUAUUAAAGAUACAGUCUGGCGCAAAAAUGUUAAUUUUUCUAUAUGGGUAAAUGAGCAUUUUUUACGUUUCCAGGUUCUAUAGUCCGUCUUCUUUUAGCUUACCAGGAAAACGACAUAGAUCUUUUAGAAUUAGAAGGGAAAUAGGUAGCAAAACUAAUGCUUAGAUUGGUGUUAUUCGCAACCUUCGUUAUUAUCGCAGUAUAUACACACUUUUGCUAGGAAUCUAUCCAAAAAUAAAUUUGGCCGCCUUUCCUAAUUGAAUUUUUUUCAGUAAUUAAACCGAAACUUGACACUUAACUACUUUCGCGAGGUGACUUAACCAUCAUAAGGAAACUACUGCUACCGAAACUCAAAAACAAGAAGGAUGACUUAGGAAUACAGCAGUCAACGUCUAUAAAUUGAUGGCACAUUCAAAACAGGACUUAAAUAAGAAGCCUACCUACACGUCUAAAGGCAUUAGUGAUCAUUUAUCGAUAAAAGAGCUGGAAAAAUUCAUGUGUCUUCAUUACGGCCGUAAAUAUAUUUCUGUCAGUCAAAGUGCUUUCAAAGUACCGUAAAACUGCGUGGAUGUACUUUUAUGCUUUAACGGCUUCUCAGUUAAAUUUAAAUAAUUUAGCAUGCAGUUUCAAUGGUCACUAGUAUAUUCAAAAUGAACUUUCUUUAAAAAAGUAAAUAUAAGCUUGACAAUUUUCUUUUUCACGAAAGUCCAAUGGAUAAGAAAGAUGACAAACAUAGUCUUUAGACCAAUAGAACUUUGAACACAGAGAUUGACGUUUGCGAAAUUUUAUUGGUUCUUCGAAAAGUAUAAAGCGACGUCGUGGAAAAUUUUUGGAACUAGUUAGCCUGAGAUUUGUAAUCUUCGACUUCAUCUCAGCGUAAGCUACCACGUAAAAUUUACAGAUAAUUUUCCGUGAACCGGUUCGUAGAACGGCAGUCUUAAGACUUUUGCUAAAAGUACCUCUUCGAUACAUUUAAAAUUUAAGAAUCGGCCUCGUCUAAUAAUAAAAACUAACUCGAACAAUUAAAACUCAAACUUCCUACAUAACUCGUGCAAUAUAUUUUUGUCCUUUUGCAGGAUUUCAGGUAAUGGCAUUUUCUCUGGACAGCAUUACGAUCUUCACAGUCCUAAUAGCAGGAGCAUUUAUGUCAGGUAAAUUCCCCUUUCCUGCGUGAAAUUCAUCUUUGUUAACGUUGCUCAACCAUAGUGUACGUGUUUUGUAAGGCUAACGGAAAAACAGGAACGUCCGCAGUCAUGAAUAGACAGCCUACAUUUAUCGUUUUUACGUCUCAUUAACGAUUCAUUUUUCAUUUUCAAGAUGAUUCGGACUCAUAAAAAGUUAUUAGAUCUUUGCAAGCACUUUUUGUCAAAGAAGGCCAUUUGUGUGGAAAUUUCUAAUUUGUACGAGGGAAAUCAAAAUAUAUUUACAGAUAGCUGUCUUCGAUCGAGAAGAUGAUUCGCGUAAUGUUCAUACAUCUAGUUUUAAAAUCUUUUUCUUAACAGUAAGAUAAUAAAUAAACUUUCUAUCUCAAAAGUGAAUCUUACAGACAUAACUUGCAUGUCUUUUCGCCACCGCCAAAAUCGUUUAUGAUUGCUUAAAAUUUUUAGUUUUACGAAAGCAAAUGUAGCGGUAUUGACAGUUACGGAAGCCUAUCACCUAAAAACACUUAAUAUUAUCCAUGGAAGACAUAAGUGUACCACCACCAAAUACAGCUUAAGUAUUAGGCAAUUCCAGAUGGUUAAUAUAAAAUGUGCCUUACUCGGCAUAAACAUGAAUUAAUUCCUUAAUAGAAUUGCAACUAUGUUUGUACGGAUUUCACCUCUUUGUCAUCCUUGUUGCCUGUUGAAAAUGCGUAUAGAAAUUCAGUUGCCGCAACUUCAGGAUUCAGUAAGGAUUCGCUCCACGGUUGGUUUUCCAGAAGACAAAAAGUUCAACGUUUUAUCACGUGGUGAUACUAGAACUGUUUUUGAUUUAUUUUGAGAGCCAAGUUGGGUAUGAUUCUCAUAAGGCCUUUUUGUGCGUAGCGAUUUCAAAUCUCUUAUCAUAAGUACCUGCCUUCCUUUCUCCCGUUCAUAUGUAAUGGUUCCCCAAAUUUCUAAAUAAGUUAGUUACACAAGUUCUGCCAAUACAUUUUGCCAGAAAUGAUUUAUUCUUUCGAUGCAAAAUAAUUUCAGACUGCACUCUGUUAUUUUGUAACAUUCUGUUUGCAUCUAAGUAUGAUGAUUUUUGAAUGCAUUUUGUUCGGGUGACAGGAGGGUAACUUCUUAAUUUGUAGGGUACGUGGCCGAAGCACUGCCAGCCCGAUCCCAAAGAAUGGACUUUGGUCAAGAAGCUGA